CAUCUUCAAUCUUCGCAGACACAUAGUUGUGCUGUAUUUUUGAGCUGAUUACUGAUUUACAACUGAAUACUGUACGCAAUGGCUGAUACUAAGCCUGAAGAAGUCGCCGCGAAGCUCGAGGCUACUACGAUUGCCGACGCACCUGCUGCUGCUGCUCCGGCCCCAGCUCCGGCUAAGGAGGCGGGCGAGAAGAAGGGCAAGAAGGGUGGCAAGGGCGGAGACGGUGCUCAAGGCAAGGGCGGCAAGGGCGGGAAAGGAGGAAAGGACUCGGGCGCGAACUACAACAUCAAUCUGAAGAACGCGGUCGACGGACAGGUGGUGACUCGUUUCCCGCCUGAGCCCAGUGGAUAUCUGCACAUCGGACACGCAAAGGCUGCGUUGUUGAAUCAGUACUUUGCCCAGCAUUACCACGGAAAACUCCUCAUCAGAUUCGACGAUACGAACCCUAGCAAGGAGAAUGUGGAAUUCCAAGAUGCGAUCCUUGAGGAUCUCGAGUUGAUGGGAAUCAAGGGCGACUCGGUCUCGUACACUUCGGACCACUUUGACACUUUGUACAAGAUCAUGAUCCAGAUGAUCACCGACGGCAAGGCCUACGCCGACGACACCCCGGUCGAGCAGAUGCGUGAGGAGCGCACCGAGGGAAUCGCCAGCGCCCGUCGCGAGCGCACUGUCGAGGAGAACUUGAAGAUCUUCCAGGAGAUGUGCGAUGGUACCGAAGAAGGUCUCAAGAACUGCAUUCGUGCGAAGCUGUCGGUCACGUCGCCCAACAAGGCGCUUCGCGACCCCGUCAUGUACAGAUGCAACCUGACUCCUCACCACCGUCUGGGCACCAAAUGGAAGGUCUAUCCCACCUACGACUUUGCGUGCCCGAUCGUCGACUCAAUCGAGGGCGUCACCCACGCGCUCCGUACCAACGAAUACCGCGACCGCAACCCGCAGUACGAAUGGGUUCUUAAGGCCGUUGGAAUGCGCAAGGUCAACAUUUGGGAUUUCAGCCGGAUCAACUUUGUCAGGACUCUGCUGAGUAAGCGCAAGCUGCAGUGGUUCGUCGACCAGGGUCUUGUCUCCGGAUGGGACGAUCCCCGGUUCCCUACCAUCCGCGGUGUGCGUAGACGCGGUAUGACGAUCGAGGGACUGCGCAAGUUCAUCCUGGCGCAGGGUCCGUCGAAGAACAUCCUGAACCUCGAAUGGAGUUUGAUCUGGGCUACAAACAAGAAGGAGAUCGAUCCCGUGGCUCCCCGGUACGUUGCUGUGAUUGACGAGAACAAGGUCAAGAUCACGCUCGAGGGUGGACCUGCCGCUACUUUCACCGAGGACAAGCCCAAGCACAAGAAAAACGCCGAGCUUGGAACCAAGAAGGUUAUGUAUGGGUCUGAGAUCUUUGUGGAUCAGGAGGACGCGCAGACUUUCAAGGAAGGUGAGGAGAUCACUUUGAUGGACUGGGGUAAUGCCAUCCUGAAGACCAUCCACAAGGACGGCGAGAUUGUGACUGGAAUCGACGCCGUGCUGCACCUCGAGGGUGACUUCAAGAAGACCGAGAAGAAGGUUACCUGGCUCGCGAGCACUCCCGAGCUGACUCCUGUCGAUCUCGUCGACUUUGACAGCUUGAUCACGAAGGACAAGCUCGAGGAGAACGACGACAUCAAGGACUUUGUCAACCCGAACACCGAGUUCCACACUGCUGCGGUGGCUGAUCUCAACGUGCGUGAGCUGAAGGAGGGAGAUAUCAUUCAGUUUGAACGCAAGGGCUACUACAGACUCGACAAGCCGUACUCUGAGUCUUCGCCUGCUGUGUUUUUCACUAUUCCGGACGGAAAGACCGUUUCAAAGUAUGGCGCGAAGAAGUAAACUGUAGUAUAAAAAUGUUGUUGCUAUCUUGAAUAUAUGAAGUUUUUUUAUU